AACGUAAUACAUUACCAAUAUGAUAUUGUUAAAAAAUUAUGAAAUUUCUACGUUCUAUAUAAUAGAGUUACAAACAGAGUUUCAUCAGAAAACAAAGAGAGCCAUAAUUCUGUUUCCAAUAUGAUGGAUCUUCAAAUCCUAUACUUUACAUCCAUUUUCUCCCUUUUUAUUUUUGUGUUCAUAGCAAACAAAAUAGUAACCAAGAAAUUUAACUCAACUCCAAAUUUACCACCAGGUCCAUUGAAGCUACCUAUCAUAGGAAACAUACACAACCUUAUUGGUUCACUUCCCCAUCAUAAGCUAAGAGAUUUAUCAACAAAAUAUGGACCUUUAAUGCAUCUAAAACUUGGUGAAGUUUCAACAAUUGUAGUUUCAUCAUCAGAAUAUGCAAAAGAAGUGUUGAAAACACAUGAUCUUGUAUUUGCAUCAAGGCCUCCAAUUCUAGCUUCAAAGAUAAUGAGUUAUGAUUCCCUUGGUAUGUCUUUUGCACCUUAUGGUGAUUAUUGGAGACAACUUAGAAAAAUUUGUACUUUAGAACUAUUAAGUUCAAAACGUGUCCAAUCUUUUCAACCAAUUAGAAGUGAAGAGAUAAGCAAUCUAAUAAAAUCGAUUGCUUCAAAAGAAGGAUCACAAAUUAAUCUCACCAAAGAAGUGUUUUCAACAAUAUUUACAAUCACUUCAAGACUAGCCUUUGGAAAAAAGUGUAAGGAAAAUCAAAAAUUCAUUUCGGUCGUAAAGGAAGCCGUGGAGGUUGCCGGAGGUUUUGAGUUGGGAGAUUUGUUCCCUUCAUUUAAAUGGCUUCAACAUAUGUCUGGAUUGAAGCCUAAGCUUGAAAAGUUGCACAAACAAGCUGACAAGAUAAUGCAAAACAUUAUUGAUGACCAUAGGGAGGCUAAUAAAUCAAGGGUCAAUGAAGAUGAAGGUGAAAAAGUUGAGGAAGAUCUUAUAGAUGUGCUAUUGAAUCAGGAUUGUUUAACUGAUAAUAGUGUCAAGGCAGUCAUCUUGGAUAUGUAUGGAGGUGGAAGUGAGACAUCAGCUGCUACCAUAGUAUGGGCUGUGGCAGAGAUGAUUAAAAAUCCAAGAAUCAUGGAGAAGGUACAAGCAGAGGUAAGAGAGGCAUUUGAUAAAGAAAAAAUAACCAAAGAAAGUGACAUAGAUAAGUUAAAAUAUUUAAAAUAUGUUGUAAAAGAGACAUUGAGAUUACACCCUCCAGGUGCAUUUUUGCUUCCAAGAGAGUGCGGACAAGCAUGUCAGAUAAAUGGAUAUGAUAUACCUUUUAAAAGCAAAGUCAUCGUGAAUGUUUGGGCCAUUGGAAGAGAUCCAAACCAUUGGACUGAUCCAGAAAAGUUUUAUCCUGAAAGGUUCAUUGAAAAUAUUGUAGACUAUAAGGGUAAUAAUUAUGAGUACAUUCCAUUUGGCUCUGGUAGAAGAAUAUGCCCGGGGAUCACAUUUGGUUUAGCCAAUGUUGAAUUUUCCCUUGCAUUGUUGAUGUAUCACUUUGAUUGGAAACUUCCCAUUGGAGUGAAGAAAGAAGAUUUAGACAUGAGUGAGACUUUUGGAGUAACUAUGGCUAAAAAAGAAGAUUUAUACCUUAUUCCUUCCACUUAUCAUCCUUAGCCUACUCUAGCAAGCCAACAAAAAAACAAGACAAGGCGAAACAAAAUUUGAUGCAAGGCAACUGUCCAUCACGAAUAGAAGAAAGUUCCGGUAGUACAGAUGAUGAAUAUACGGAUGAAGAAUUCGAAGCACUGGAAAUUUGGGAAAUCGGUAAAAUCUUAAAUUUGAAGGCAUAAAAAGAUAACGAGUAUGUUGUAAAAAGAUCGUUCAAUGCAUGCGCAGAAGCAAUAGAAAACGAAAUAAGAGCGCGCUAAUGCUGCAUUGGUUAGAGUUAGCUAACUUUGAAUUGCUGUGAUUGUUGUUGCUUAUUGGCUUCCUUCCAUGUGUUUUUUGGAGGGCUGCUUGUAGGGUGUGUUAGGGUGUAGUGGUUGCUGCAUUUGGGUUUCAGUCUCUUGGUGUUAUAUUUUUGUUGGUGUGUUUUUUUUCCUCUUCCUCCCCUUCUUAGAAGGCAUGGAAGUUUUGUCUUUCGUGGCUUUGCCUUGUUGUUUUUUUUAACGCUUAAUUGCAUGUAUAGUCCCUUAUGUUUAUUUUAAGUUUUAAUUUGGUCUA